GGAGGACUGGGAAGCUGACAGAUUCUUAGAGAAGUGCCGAGGAGGACGAGUAGAGAGGACGACCUACCUACCUACCCGAAAACCAUGCCGGAACCGACCACUACAGAUAACAAGGAGAGGGACUCCGAGGAGGAGGAUACCCUGUCUGCUGUAGCAGAUAAUGACCCCAGUGGCGAAUUGCCUCCUGAUGAUCUGGCGCCAGGGGAGCAGCGGGAGAUGUCGGAGCAGAGCGGCAUGUUCGUGCUCCGGCCCGAGAGCGCCACCGCGGUCAAAGGUAAGGACGUCAGCUUCGUGGCCAAGGUGGACUCCAAGGCCAUGCUCCGGAAGCCCUCCAUGAAGUGGCUGAAGGGGAAGUGGUGCGACCUGGGCAGCAAGGCGGGCAAGCACCUGGCCUUCAAGGAGACCUACGACCGCAACACCAAGAUCUACACCUAUGAGAUGAGCAUCAUCAAGGUGGUGGACGCUGACGCCGGGAACUACCGCUGUGAGGUCACCUCCAAGGAUAAGGUGGACAGCUGCUUCUUCGAUAUCACCGUGGAGGGUAGGCCCCGCCUCUAACACCACCUCUAAACA